UGCACGGCCUGCCCCGCGGGCAAGGCGACGAACGAGUCGGAGGCCACGUCCUGCGACAUCUGCACGGUGAACACGUACGCGGAGCGGAAGGGCAGCCCGGUCUGCCUCGACUGCCCGGCGGGCCGCCAGUCGGGCCUGGGCUCCGCGUCCUGCUCCUGGUGCAUGAGCGGCCAGUACGAGAUUUUGAACGACGCGGGCAACAAGACCUGCGUCGACUGCGGCAACGGCACCUACUCGCCGCUCGGGCUCUACUGCCUCGAGUGCGGGCCGGGCUACUACACGGACGACCGCGUGAACUGCGUCGUCUGCGAGGCCGGCUCCUACAGCGACCUCGAGAUCAACACGGCCUGCGUCGCCUGCGCCGCGGGCUUCUACUCGGCGUCGGGCCAGUCGGCCUGCGACGCGUGCGUCGCGGGCCGCUACACGCCGCGCGCCGGCGAGUCGAUCUGCUCGCUCGCGUCCGCGGGGUCCUACGUCAACGGCAGCGGCCGGAGCGCGCAGGCGUUGUGCGCGCCGGGGACCUACAGCUCCGGCGCCGGGGCCGCGACCUGCGAGCGGUGCGCGCCCGGGACGUACCAGCCCUUCGAGGGGCAGACGUCGUGCGCGAUCUCCGACGCGGGCGCGUACGUCGCGGAGAGCGGCGCCGGCUCGGGGGCGACGGCGUGCGCGCCCUGCGCCGUUGGGACCUACGUCUCCGCCGAGGGCCAGACGUCCUGCACGCUCGUGAGCGGCGGGAGCUACGUCGGCGUCGAGGGCGCGUCCGCGCAGACGGCGUGCCCGCCGGGCUCCCACAGCGGCUCCGGCGCGACGGCCUGCGACGCCUGCGCCGCGGCGACCUACGCGUCCGCGAACGGCUCGACGUCCUGCGCCCUCGUCGACGCGGGCUUCUACGUGCCCGCCGCCGGCGCGAGCGCGCAGACGCCCUGCGACCCGGGGUCGUACUCGGGCGCGGGCGCGGCCGCGUGCGUCGAGUGCGAGCAGGGGCGCUACACGGCGUCGUUUGCCCAGUCGUCCUGCGCGUUAUCC